CCACAACAACUUACCGAUGCUAACUAAGGCCGGACAGCGAUAUCCAAGUCUUCCCGGAGGCGACCACGUAGCCACCGGCCUCGUCCUGAAACAUCCACGUACGACGAUGACCGUCGGUCGCUAUGGCUAGCAAUCCCUUUUCUGUCCUCGAUCCCUCCCCCGGCGAUCCCUCGGCAUCCCCUACCGAUGUGCCGCCGUCCACUACCAACCACCAAGCUUCCAAGAAGAAGCACCGUAGCGGCCGAAAAAACAGGCGAUCGAGACGGAAGUCCUUCGCUGCACCUUCGAGGGAGAUGCAGAGCGAUGGCCUGCCCCCGCCUGGCCACCCCAGUAGCAGACCUAGCUUCUAUAUGCACGAGGAAAACCAGAGUCAUACAAGCAUCGAUAGCGACGUACCGCUUGGCCACAGAGACCGCCAAUUCCUGCGUCCGAGACGGCCUUCGACUCUCGCCACUUCCCUCCAGUUGCCGCAAUCCACGACUCGGUUACGCAGACCACACGGCGGGCAAGGCCGUGGGGACACCGAAGAUGACGACGAGUCGGCGCCUCUGUUGUCGGGCUCGUCUAGAGUAGAGGUCGAUUCUACGCGUGGAUACGGCUUAAAUGACGUACGGCGACCGAACGAAACAUCCACUAGCAGCCGUCCUAGUUCCACCAGGUCGAGCAAGCGGCCUCAUCUAGGUCACCCGACCCCGUCUGGGGGAUACAACGUUAACUACCCGCCGUCUAUUCCCGGCACACCUCCUCUCGGACCUUCCGACCGGAUUGACAUGAAUUUCGGGGAUAUCAUGAUGCGGGACGAGCUCGUGGAGGGCCCUUCACACUCCAAUAGCUUGCUCGAAGAACGGCCAGACCCGCUCCUCGAGCAGUUGCCCUUCGAGAGACGGCACACGAUCGCGUUACAGGCCCAAGAAGAUGUCUGCUUCCCCCACGAUGUCAUGUCGGAGUUGGCCGACGAGGACGCUCAUCAAGCCCGGGACAACCCAAAUCACCGGGCCCGGCGACGAAGACGCAACAAAUGGCCAGACUUGGCGACUCUCGAAGAGUGGUCCAGGCUUGAGAAGGAAGGCCGCAGCGAAGGGAGACGUAUGAAGAAAAUUACGGAACCGCAACUAGUCAACGGUAGGUUGCGGCCUGUCCACAAGGGAUGGUACCGAACAGAGGAAGACGCACCAUAUCGCUUCACCUAUUUCAACGAAGAGUUUCAAAGCACCAUCCACAGUCAGAACAUAUCCGAACUCGCUCAGCCCGACACUAGUUUUAGGGAACUUUUUAUCCCCGACCCUCCACUUCUGUCUGACGAUUCAUCAGAUGGAGAGGAUGAACCCCUCAUACAGGUUUCUAACAGCGCUAAGGGCGGCAACAUGGCCUCGAAAGCACCGUCCCGGCAACCGCCUGCACAGCCAUUUUCGAUGCCGAACACCGUAUUACCUGAGGCCCGCCCCGACGUCCUUUUUUCUUCUAAGCAAAAAUCGACGCCUGCGGCUUCGUCUAAGGAUAUGUCGGGUGACGCGAGCCCCGCGCGCUCUAGAUCCCCUCUGCACGGCUUGAAAUCACCACCCUUGGGUGGCAAGCAACCACGGUAUGGCGAGCGCCCGGUCUGGUGGUUGGAUGUGUUAAGCCCCACGGAGGCAGAGAUGAAGGUGCUGGCAAAAGCCUUCGGCAUUCAUCCUCUGACGUCGGAAGACAUCAUGCUUCAAGAGCAGCGUGAGAAGGUCGAGCUGUUCAGACACUACUAUUUUGUCAAUUAUAGGUCGUUCGAUCAGGAUGCGGAAUCGGAAAACCACCUAGAACCGGUCAACAUGUAUGUCGUGGUGUUCCGCGAAGGUGUCAUCUCGUUCCACUUCAGUCAAACGCCGCACCCGGCCAACGUCCGCCGCAGAAUACGCCAACUCAAAGACUUCAUGAUUCUCAGCUCUGAUUGGAUCAGCUACGCGAUCAUCGACGACAUCACCGAUGUUUACUUGCCGCUGAUUCAGACGAUCGAAGAUGAGGUAGACGACAUUGACGAUAGAAUUUUACAGCUGCAUUCAUCUUCGGACCCGACGCUUCCAGGCCCGCAAAAGAAACGUGGAGACAACGAAAAGAGUAUGUCGGCGGAAGGGAACGCAGAGUGCGACGGAGACAUGCUGCGCCGCGUCGGCGACUGCAGGAAGAAGGUCAUGAGCCUAUACCGGCUGCUGGGAAACAAGGCCGACGUGAUCAAGGGGUUCGCGAAGCGCUGCAACGAACACUGGGAGAUCGCCCCGAGGUCAGAAAUCGGGUUGUAUCUCGGCGACAUCCAGGACCACAUCGUGACCAUGACGGCCAACCUAAGUCACUAUGAGAUGAUCCUGGCACGUUGCCACGCCAACUACAUAGCGCAGAUCAACAUUCGCAUGAACGAACGUCAGGAACAGACAGCCGACGUCUUAGGUAAGCUCACUGUUCUAGGCACUAUCGUCCUGCCUAUGAAUAUCAUCACUGGCCUCUGGGGGAUGAAUGUUUGGGUCCCGGGGCAGGAGUACGAGGGCGACCCCGCGUGGUUCUUUGCCAUCGCCUUCGGUCUCAUCGUCUUCGGACUCGCCUGCUUUCUCGUCGCGAAGAGAGUGUACGGCAUCGUCUAGAGCGGCUGGGGAAAAAAAACGACAGGGGGCAAGAGAAAAAAAAGAAAGAAAUGGCAGCGUAGCGGUUGCACAUACAACUGUGUAUAGGUAUAUAUUAUUGCAUUUUGAUAAUGAGCGUCUACUCAGAGGUAUAGAACGUGGCCGUGAAGCAGCCUCAUUGGGUAUCAAUAAGAAGGGGGGGGCUCGGGUUGGCGUCGCUGGAUAGGGAAAUGCAGGAAACCGAGCAGACAGCUCAAGGAAGCUUACAGAGCAGGCCGGUAGGCUGGUUGCUUUUACGACUAGACUAGAUAUCUAUCAUUAAUAAGCUCUCCCGGUGUGCGUAGAGUUACGUAUAAUAACUUACCUUCCUUAUCUUCUCCUCUCCGU